UGUCCAUAGAAGUAUUUUAUUGUUUGGUAUUGGUUUUUUUCUCCAUUUAAUUUAUUUAAUUAAAUUCAGGACAGAGGAAAUGUGCUGAAAUUGUGUGUCUGCUAGACACCCAUGUAUUGCUAUCAGUAUCUGACCUUUCAGGAAUAUUAGCUCUGUCUGGGUAAACAAGACUAGCUAUUACAUUUAGAUCAAUCUUUUUGUUAUUUUGGGUGGGGUUUUUUUUCUUUUCUUUAUUAGACAGUAAUAAUCUGGACUAUUAAGAUUCCUAAAUUGUGCCAAUCGUGAGGAAUAAACUGUGGGCUCCUUAACAUUCUCUCUUUAUUCUAAUAGCGUGUGAGAAAGACAGAGAGAAAAUGGUAUUUUUGUAUCCGCUACCCUGGCAACUAGACCUGACAUUUUGUGAGAUUUCAUAUCCUGAACAGAACAUGCUGUCAUGGGUUUUUACCUUUAACGAUUUCACAUUUAUGCCAUGUCAGAGCCUGCUUUGUACUGAUGAGUAACACAGUAGGGAAUAGCACAAAGCCUACAAAUUAAAGCAAAUAAUCUCACCUGGCUUUACUGAUGGUUACACAUUGUUAAGAGCUGGUUUCAUAUAAUAAUACAGUAGGUUAUAAUUUUCACUGAUCUAUUUGGGAUAACUUCCAUUUCAAAUGGCAUAUGGUUAUUACUCUUUUACAGAGGUCGUCAAGGAGAACGCACCAACCCGAACCUAGCAACCAAACACAUGCUGUGUCACAAUGGUCCCUAUGAAGUACUGACAUCUAGGGACAUUUUUAAAUACUGCAUCAUGGAGGGAAAUAAUCAGGAUUUAUAUAAGCAACUGGACUGCUUUUGGACAUGAACUUAUUAUUUAAUUUGAAUGCCUGAUUAUAGAUCUCAAUAAUGUUGACUGUAGUUUAAUGUUGACACCCCUAAAAAACACAGGUAUUCAAAUUCAUAAAUUCAUCAGAGCGACAUUAUACUGCCAAAAGUAUUGGGACACCCCUCCAAAUCAUUGAGUUCAGGUGUUGGUUUUCAGUUCCAGUAAAAGGAACUCUUAAUGCUUCAGCUUCAUACCAAGACAUUUUGGACAAUUUCAUGCUCUUUGUGGGAACAGUUUGGGGAUGACCCCUUCCUGUUCCAACAUGACUGCACACCAGUGACCAAAACAAGGUCCAUAAAGACAUGGAUGAGUGAGUUUGGUGUGGAGGAACUUGACUGGCCUGCACCUCAACCCCAUAGAACACCUUUGGGAUGAAUUAGAGUGGAGACUGUGAACCAGACCUUCUCGUCCAACAUCAGUGCCUGACCUCACAAAUGCGCUUCUAGAGGAACGGUCAAAAAUUCCCAUAAACACACUCCUAAACCUUGUGGAAAGCCUUCCUAGAAGAGUUGAAGCUGUUAUAGCUGCAAAGGGCGGGACAACUCCAUAUUACAUUCAUGUGCAUGUAGAGGCAGACAUCCCAAAACUUUUGGCAAUAUAGUGUAUUUCAGAAUGGAAAUACACCGAUAUUACUGAUAUUUUAUUAUCCAUCAUGCAAAAACCUGAUUGCUCUUCCCUGAUGAGGAGGCAAAAUUAUUUUUUUAAAGUCACUGAAUUGCUCCGCUGUUUGUACUUAUGUAACACACCAGUAAAAAUUCAUUAUCGCAAUUUCACCACGGUGUCAUAUCACCCUUUUUCGGUUGAGAUAUUGCGACCUGCUUCUCUUCUCUCUGUCUCGUUUCUGCCAGUUUGAUGGAUAAUAAUCCAAUAAGGAGCUUCCUUAAUGCCUUUGAUUGCCUUGACACAUCUAGGGUAAGAGAGCUUAUCCUCAUGAAAUAUACAGUCAGCAUAUUGGACUAGGCCACUGAAGUUCACAGGCCUCAGGGUAUUUCAUCAUAAAUGCUACACUACUUACAUUUCUGGGUUAAGGCGUGACCUGUUAUCUAUAAGUUAUAUAUUUAGACAUAAGUUAUAAAUACAGGGCUUAGAUAGCAAAGCAUGUCUCUCAGUGCUGAGCAUGUCAGAGAGUAAGUUUAACUAAUGUAGGAAAUAAAAGUGAGAACAUUUCGGAGCUAGCUGUUCAAACAGAUGUACACUGAGCUGAUGAACUGUCAGAGGGGCAAAGGAGAAAGCUCUAUUCUUUAACACUUUCGAAAAACUAUUCUUAGUAAUAACAGAAGAAAUGAUAUAACAUGUCUAUCUUGAAUAAUUAAUCAUAUCGAUCAUGUUUCUGCAGUAAAUCUAUUCCUGUACAAGUUGAUGUUCUGCCCAGUCCUCAGAUAAUGAUAAAGAAAUGUCUGACCACAAGCUGAUAUCACAUCCACAUUAUUAAUGUGAAAUAGUAAUCAUGCACAUGUAGAGUGCAUUUCGUGCUAAAAUACCCCAAAUGUCCUUUGGGAAUUGUAUGUUCUAUAUGAUAAACUAUAUGAAAGCUUUUGCUGAUCUCUCUCUGAACUAAUUGGUUGAGGCAUGUUGAUAUGAAUAAUCCCUGUUGUCAUGUGAUCCGAAACAAUCCUCGUACCGGAUCCCAAAACAGUAGGGUAUAAGCACGAGGUCAAAGGAACACCAACCGCUUAUGUCUAUGUCGGCUUGUUUUUUUUUUCUAGUCAUACAUGUGUUUGCUAAGUAGAUACAAGUUACAGGACACAAGUCUGCACUGAUAUUGGACGGGAUGUUUUGAUUGAGAAAAGCUGAAAUGUGAGAACGGACAUCCUUGGUUGAGAAGCCGAAUAAGAGCUUUUCAAACCCGUUCGCACGAUGGGUCAGAGACUCAGUGACGAGACGGACGAUAAGGAAAUCGAUGUCGCCGAGCUGCAGGAGUGGUAUAAAAAGUUUGUGGUGGAAUGUCCGAGCGGGACGCUUUUCAAACACGAGUUUAAGAGCUUCUUCGGCGUAACCGACAACCAAGAAGCCGCAGACUACAUCGAGAACAUGUUCCGUGCUUUUGAUAAAAACGGGGACAACACUAUUGAUUUUCUGGAAUAUGUUGCAGCAUUGAACUUGGUAUUGCGAGGAAAGCUGGAGCAUAAACUGAAAUGGACUUUUAAAAUGUAUGAUAAGGAUGGAAGUGGUUGCAUUGACAAGACAGAGCUAAAGGAGAUUGUGGAGUCAAUCUACAGAAUGAAGAAGGCCUGCCAUGGAGAGCUGGAUGAGGAGUGUAACCUUCUCACCCCAGACCAGGUGGUGGACCGAAUAUUUGAGCUGGUGGACGAGAAUGGAGAUGGGGAGCUGUCACUGGAUGAGUUCGUCGACGGCGCACGGCGUGACAAGUGGGUCAUGAAAAUGCUGCAGAUGGAUGUGAACCCAGGAGAGUGGAUCAACGAGCAGCGGCGGCGGAGCGCCAACUUCUAACGUUGUAAAUCCACAAUCCGAGCGCCUCCUCAGCCAAGAUUUCACACAGUCUGUUCAGUCUUUACGAUCUACCAUAAACACUACUAACUUUGUGAAUAAAGACUAUGGAGCGAGGCAACCUUUUCCCGAAGCAAAAAUCGACCUUUGAAAUGGAACAGAGAUAUCCGCAAGGGAAAUGCCAAAUGUUUGGUUGUUUUUUUGUUUUUUUUUUUUUUUUUUUUUUUUGCUCUGCAUCUCUGUUCAUCUGUAAUUCUGCAAAUGCAACGUUCUGUAUAUAUUAAAAUCUGCAUUGUAUUAUCUAUUACACCGACUAGGCAUAACAUUAUGACCAAUAUUGUGUCAGUCCUCCUUUUGCUGCCAAAACAGCCCUGACCCAUCAAGGCAUGGAGAUCCCUGAAGGUGUGCUGUGGGAUCUGGCACCAAGAUGUUAGCAGCAGAUCCUUUAAGUCCUGUAAGUUGUGAGGUGGAGCAUCUAUGGAUCGGACUUGUUUGUCCAGCACAUCCCACAGAUUCUGGAUUGGAUUGAGAUCUGGGGAAUUUGGAGGCCAGGUCAACACCUUAAACUGGUUGUUGUGGUCAUCAAACCAUUCCUGAACCAUUUUUGCUUUGUCAGUGAGUCUUGGCCGCCCAUGACCAUGUCGCCGGUUCACCACUGUUCCUUCCUUGGACCAAUUUUGAUAGAUACAGACCACUGCAGACCGGGAACACCCCAAAAGAGGUGCAGUUUUGGAGAUGUUGUGAUCCAGUGGUCUAGCCAUCACAAUUUGGCCCUUCGUCAAACUCAAAGCUCAAAUCCUUACACUUGUCCAUUUUUCCUGCUUCUAACAUCAACUUUGAGGACAAAAUGUUCACUUGCUGCCUAAUAUAUCCCACCCACUAACAGGGGCCAUGAUGAGGAGUCUUAUUCACUUCACCAGUCGCUGGUCAUAAUGUUACGGCUGAUCGGCGUAACUUCUAAUUCUAGUUCAAUUCUGUAAAUUGGCUUGGGUCAAGGAUGGCAAUUAAUUCAAAAAAAUGAGGCAUAUUUUAUUUUUAAAGUAGGUUUCAUGUGAAAUAAAUUAAACAGAUAUUAUUAUCAUUUUCUUGUAUGUUUUGGAACAAAUCUCCCAAAUGGCGGUUAACAUGUUUAGAGCUUAUAAAUGAGAUCUGUACACAUAUAUGAGCUAAAAAAAAAUUUGUGAAUGUUGCAAAACUCCAAGUCAUUCUUAGCAUUAUUCACAGAAACACUUUGCUUCACUUAUGAAUUGUUUUCAUGCAAAGACAUUUAAUGAUCAAGAAAGAUUACUUUUUUUUAUUUCUCCUUAGUUUUACUAAAUGUAUUACCCACUGCAUGAAACCACCCAGAGUUUUGUUCAAGGUGCAAAUACAGGAGUGAAGAUAAGCCCCCUGGAAAUGAGUACUUGUGUAAUCA